AUGAUUCUGGAGUUAUAAGUAUAGUAUCACAAUAAAACCCAUCCUUAUUUUGUGCUGUUUAAUUUAAUGGGAUUUUUCAAAAUCCACCUUAAAUAUUCUUAGCUAUACAAAUACUAUAAUUUGAUUAAGGAGGAAUUUAAUUCUAUUGUGAUUUAAAAAGCAUAACUACUUAAGGUUAUCUAUAAUUUGUAAUAUUAGGUUUUACUCUUCAAAUUCACAAAAUUUUUGGAACAAUAACUAAAAUUGUUUAUUUUUAUGUAGCUUUCGAUGAUUAAAGAAUUCAAAUAAUAAAUAGCUUUAAUAUGA